AUGUCAACAGAGGCGGCAAAAGCUCUCGACGAGGGUGCCACUGCCGGUAUGCCCCAUACCGACUUGGCCACUGGUGUUCCCGAGAAGAAUGCAAACCCAAGGGUAGCGAGCCCAAAGUUACCCGGAGGAGACAAGACAAGCGGCACCGCCUCGGCCUUCGAUUCCAGCGGUGCCAUCGGCAAGCAGUUCGCGACCUCAGGAAUGCUUGGAGGCGUGGGCCAGAAGAUUGGCGGGCCGCUCGGUGAAGGGGGUAUGAUAAGCAAGCAGUUCACCGACAAGGGAUCCAUCGGGGGGUCUAUCCAGAAUACGCUGGGCGAUCAUAAGAAGUAG